UUAACCCCGUUAGAAACCCCUUACACGAAGUCGAGAUGCAGAGAUCGCGACGUUACGUCGCCGCCAUUUUGUUUCACCCGGAGUAAAGAAAUCAACGCGGAGAAGCACCGGGCGAGAAUAAUUUCCUUUUCCUGGAUUACCGUCAACGCUGCGAAUCUGCAUCGUGCACCUACGUUUAGAUUCGCAUGAUGUCUGCAGACAUGGCCACAGACCACGUAAACGGGAACGGCACGGAGGAACCGAUGGACACCACGGCCGAGGUGACCCGCUCGGAACACUUCCAGGCCCUGCUGGAGGCCGGUUUGCCCCAGAACGUGGCGGAGAAGCUGGAUGAACUUUACGUAGCAGGCUUAGUAGCACAUAGUGACCUAGACGAAAGAGCUCUUGAAGCUUUGAAAGAAUUCAACGAGGAGGGAGCCCUGCAAGUGCUGGUCCAGUUCAAAGAGAGCGAUCUGUCACACGUGCAAAACAAAAGUGCCUUUCUGUGUGGGGUGAUGAAGACCUACAGGCAGAGGGAGAAACAAGGGACUAAAGUUUCAGAUUCCACUAAAGGACCAGACGAAGCCAAAAUCAAGGACCUCCUGGACAGAACCGACUACACACUUGACGUAACAACAGGCCAGCGGAAGUAUGGCGGCCCCCCGCCAGAGUCUGUGUACUCGGGGGCCCAACCCAACAUCGGGACAGAGAUAUUUAUCGGGAAGAUUCCCCGCGACCUGUUUGAAGAUGAGCUGGUUCCUCUCUUUGAGAAGGCGGGGCCUAUCUGGGACCUGCGGCUAAUGAUGGACCCGCUCAGCGGCCUGAACCGGGGAUACGCCUUUGUCACCUUCUGCACCAAGGAAGCGGCCCAGGAGGCGGUGAAGUUGUGCAAUAAUCACGAGAUCCGCCCGGGCAAACACAUCGGGGUGUGUAUAUCAGUCGCCAACAACCGGCUAUUUGUGGGCUCCAUUCCCAAGAGUAAAACCAAGGAGCAGAUUGUCGAGGAGUUUGCUAAAGUCACAGAGGGCCUCAGUGACGUCAUACUGUACCAUCAACCCGACGACAAAAAGAAGAACCGGGGAUUCUGCUUCCUGGAGUACGAAGACCACAAGACGGCCGCUCAGGCUCGCCGCCGGCUGAUGAGCGGCAAGGUGAAGGUGUGGGGCAACGUGGUGACUGUGGAGUGGGCCGACCCCAUCGAGGACCCCGACCCGGAGGUCAUGGCCAAGGUGAAAGUUUUGUUCGUGAGAAAUCUCGCCAACGGCGUCACAGAGGAGCUGCUGGAGACGUCCUUCAGCGAGUUCGGGAAGCUGGAGCGGGUCAAGAAGCUCAAAGACUACGCCUUCAUCCACUUCGAGGAGCGGGACGGCGCGGUGAAGGCGCUGGAGGAGAUGAACGGGAAGGAGCUGGAGGGAGAAGCCAUCGAGAUCGUUUUCGCCAAACCGCCCGAUCAGAAGCGGAAGGAACGCAAAGCCCAGAGACAAGCGGCCAAAACAGUAAUGUACGAUGACUACUUCUACUACUCUCCCCCCUCCCACAUGCCGCCUCCGGUCAGAGGUCGGGGCCGAGGGGGCAACCGGGGCGGCUACUCGGCCUACCCCCCCGACUACUACGGGUACGAGGACUACUACGACUACUACGGCUACGACUAUCACAACUACCGCGGCGGCUACGACGACCCCUACUACGGCUAUGACGACUUCCAGGCGCCAAGCCGAGGGCGGGGCGGCAGCAGGGGCUCCCGGGGCGGAUCCUCUCCGGCCAGGGGCCGCGGCGGCGCCGGCGCACCCAGAGGCAGGUCCAACUUCUCCCAGCGGGGCGGGCCCGGACCGGGCCGCGGCGGGCGGGGAGCGAGAGGAGGCCUGCAGCCGAGAGGGAGAGGAGGGGUACGUGGUGCUCGGGGUGGCCGCGGUGGAAAUGUAGGAGGAAAGCGCAAAGCUGACGGGUACAACCAGCCAGAUUCCAAGCGUCGCCAGACCAAUAAUCAGAACUGGGGCUCUCAACCCAUUGCUCAGCAACCGCUUCAAGGGGGGGAUCAUUCCGGUAACUAUUCCGGUUACAAAUCCGACAACCAGGAAUUUUAUCAGGAUUCUUUUGGCCAGCAGUGGAAGUAAACCAGUAGGGCUUUGAUAACAAUAUACUGGUUUGUUGUUUUUUGUCUUUUUUUAUGUAGAGACUUGAUCCGAUUGGCUCCCAUACGGUUGCCGGCCUUUUUUUUUCUCUCUCCUCAAAAAUUGGUGACAUCUGGCAAGAUAUCUUUUUGUACAUAUUUUAAUAAUCCGCUUGGACACAAACCGUAGUCACACUCCCACUUGUUACUGGCGAACUGGUUUUCUUCAUCCCUCGAACACCCCCUUUUUAAAUUUUCUUUUUUAAAAAAAUAAAAAAAAAACCAAACAUACAAGAUGUUUGUUUUAAAAGGUUUUUUUAGGUGCGGAUAUGUGCUGGAGCGGAGUAUUUGGCUUUAGCUUUCUGUCUGUUUUUAGAUUCUGCUUUCCAUGUUUUAAGUAGCUAACGGCAACAAAGCAUAUGUCUCCUAAACUUGUAUUUAAAAACAAAUGGAAAUACAAUUUGUAUUGUCACAAAGUAAUGCGUGUCUUGUUAUUGGAAAGAAAAAAAGAAAAAGAAAAAAAAGGGCAAUCGUAGUCCUAUUUUUUGGCUUUACAUUUUGGCUUGUAUUCUUUGCUGUUUGUCUGCUUUAAUAAACAUACACGCACAAGUGUACAAAAAAACUUCAAAUUGUGUUGCAAAUUCAUGUUUCGGCAAAUUCUCUCUUCAAAUUGCCUUGAAAUUGAAAAGGCGUUCCUUGUGGAAGCAAACGGACUAAAGGUUUGCCAGUGUUGGCCACGUGCUACAGUGUCACCUCGCAUGCCCUCAAACCCUUUCUCCACAUCUCUCACCUGCUCUGUAUGUGUGGUGACAUACUUCAUCCUUUUUAGGAGUUUUCUCAUGUCCAAAAAACAAAUUGGUGUCCUAAAUUUACUGUCAAUGCAGCGUUAAUAGCCCCCGCCCCCUCUUUCCACCCCCUCCCAGUGAGUGCCAUUCAGCCUCCUUUUGUUAAAAGUUGGGGUGGGAAACAAAAAGCACAAUUUGAUUUGUUAAUGUCUCGGAAGCUUUUCCUGGUCCCAGAGGAUGUUCCUGGGUUUAAUCCGGCAUGUUGCUGCUGAGAGAGAACUGCCGCAUGACUCGCUUCCAUCCCCUCAUUCGUUUGCCCCCCCCCUCUGCCUGUCCGAUCAUGUCUCUUUCAACUGCUGCACCUCAAUUUAAUUCACUACCUUAUUUGUGGUCCACUUUUAAGAUGUGCAUGUUUAAAAUGGUGUGUGUGUGUCUCUUGUGUGUUUUAGAUGUGACAUGAUGCUGUUUUCCAGUUCUCUAAUUGCUUCCUUUUGUUACCUGACUAGCAGGAAAAAGGGGUCGAGGCCGGUCCUGACGCGUCGCUAUGAGGACUGACCAGCGUUUGGCAUCACACACACUCUGACGGCUGCCAAUUGGAUGGAAUGGUAAGGUCACCUGACUCAGUGGUCCAAUGGUACCAGCCUUUGUUUUUUUUUUUUUUUUUUAAGGAGCAGAUCUCGUUGAAAAACAGCACCAUGUUUGAAGAUAAACAGGAGAAAUUCUUGAGCUUGCUGUUUCUUUUUUUUAGAUCAAUAUAUUAUUUCCCCCCACACACACACACACACACACACACACACAAAAAGCCAUUUGAGUCUUCCUUAGAAGUUCAUGAUAGACCUCCUUCUGGAUAAGUCUGCUCUUUGAAUGCAGAUCUGCUUGAUGGACAAGAUGUGAUCUGUGACCCGACAUCCCAGCAGCGGGUUCUGUUAAGAACACACACGCACACACACACACACCACCGCGGGUCGUUAGCUACCUCACUGUGAAGGACUCGCCUGCUGUCCACUUUGUCCUUGAGAUACGCACAGCCAACAUCAACGGAGCACUUAAUGAGUUUUAGCUGUCGGCGGAGACCUGGUUGGUCGUCCUGAAAGUUGGCCUGCGGCGGCGUAUCAGGGUACAAGUACACGUACCAGGAUAAAUCUGUGGUUUAGUAUUCCGCCCACAAUGCCGCUGAUACGCUGUCGUAGGGUCCUGAUACAGGAGCUUCCCGUUGAUGUAGUUUACAGACGGAUGGUUUUGUAACACUUGUUUUUCUGUGAAUUGUCAAAAAAUGUCUGUAAACCUGCAGACGUGUUUUUGUCUUCCGCAAUGGGAAACUGUCUUUUUCGUUUUGUGGCCAUCGAUGUGAGAACGAUUGCAAAGUGAUGUCUCGGUCAGUCUGAACAAACAUCUGUGACGUCCUUUAUUUUAAUUGUAUUCUUUUUAUUUCUGCGUGUCAGCAUAUGUGGAAGAGCAUGAAUUUCCUUCCUGGUUUAUACGUUUUUCAGGAAUCAAACUAAAUAAUUCAUCGCUAAAGCAUGUUUCUACAUUUCAUGUUGUGCAUCGCCGUCGACUGAAAAAAAUGGAGUCCCAUCUUUUACCUAUCUGUGUACACUUUAUACUGAGGAUUAAGAAUGUUCAUUUCAAAUGUAAAGGAGCAAAUCCAUGCAACUAUUAAGUUUUGCAGCUGUCACAGAAAGGAUUAGCUAGAGGUAUUAUGACGAUUUUUAAAACUCAUAACGACGGCGUGGCUUUUUUUUUUUUUUUUGCAAAUACAGAUCAGUUCAAAUUCUUAAAUUCUUAGAAGUCAUUAUAGAUAUAUAAACAAGACAGUACAUACGUUCUAAAUGAUCAGUUUGACGUCAUUCUGUAUCUUUAUGUCAACACAUCCCACGAGGAGACAAAAACCCAGAACGUGUUGUUGCGUCUCGUACUUCCUGACUUCCCCACGCUGCUUUAGACUCCGGCAUUCUGGGAACUGUAGGAAAUUGAGUUGGAUUUCUCCUUUUAAACUUUUUUUUUUUUUUUUUGAAUUUUUUUUUUUUUUACUGGUUUUGUAAAAAAACAGAUUCAUAUUUUCUUUCUAGUAUUGACUCCGUUGGAUAACCAAUUUUAAAGGUCAAGAAGUAUGUGUGUGUAUUUGUAUACGUAUGUAUGUAUAUAUUUUUAUAUAUAUAUAUUUAUAUAAAUAUGUGUGUGUUUGUGUAUAAAAAUGUUUUGCUAACAAGUGUUUGCAUUCUUGCAAAUCAAUUGUUUUAUACUGUACAGUGAGGUAAGGUAAACCUAUUUUUCUAAUAAAGUUAUUGACUGAUA